CGGGCGGUUGUGACGUCACGAGCCCAUGUCCGGUGCUGCUGCUCUACUGCAGCGAAUAGGGUCUUUGGCUGAGUAAGAGGGACAGGGACGCUGAGCUCGGGAAGGUGCGCAAAGCGCCCGAAAGCUGAACGCUGGAGUCACUUAUCCACCCAGCAGCUGCGGUAAAGCGGAAGUCCUGCUGCAGCCGGAGCCCGGGAUUCCUCCUGAAGCCGCGUCCCGGGGCGGGGCUGCCCCGAGCUGAGCGGAGCAUCCUCACCGGGUGUGGGGAGGAGGGGACUUGGCGCGUUCUACUCGCUGCACCGGGAGCUGCAGCCAGCGGUGUUCAGGCCUCGGAGCAGCCAGGCUCCUCUGGCGAAAACCUGCAUUUAUUUGCUUGCCGGACGUUUGCCUUAAAAAUGGACAAAGACACAGCCCUCCGGGGUAUUCCUGUUUGCAGGACCCACAGGGCGCCUUUUUGCUUCAAGACGUGUUUGAUGUUCCUGUUCUCCGCAUUCUGAUACGCCGUUGGGCAUAAUAUUGGAACACAAAACUGUGCGUUUGCUCUCUAUGGUUGGCCGAAAAUAGGAUUCUUUUUCUUGCAGGUGUCGUUGUUUAACAGACUUUAUUAAUAUGUGAAAAUGGCUGUACCCAAAGCCGCCGUCCCUUCGCUCUCUGAGUGCCAGUGCGGGAUCUGCAUGGAAAUCCUUUUCGAGCCCGUCACCCUCCCGUGUAACCACACGCUCUGUAAACCGUGCUUCCAGUCGACUGUCGAAAAGGCAAGUUUAUGCUGUCCCUUCUGUCGUCGCCGCGUAUCUUCGUGGACUCGUUACCACACCCGAAGAAAUUCCCUUGUCAACCUGGAACUGUGGACGAUAAUUCAAAAACACUAUGCAAGGGAGUGCAAGCUUAGAGCCGCUGGGCAAGAAUCGGAGGAAGUCGCUUAUGACUAUCAGCCAGUUCGUCUGUUAAGUAAACCUGGGGAAUUGAGAAGAGAAUACGAAGAGGAAAUAAGCAAGGUGGAGGCAGAGCGACGAGCCACUGAGGAAGAAGAAAACAAAGCCAGUGAAGAAUACAUACAGAGGUUAUUGGCAGAGGAGGAAGAGGAGGACAGAAGACAGGCAGAAAAAAGGCGAAGAGAGAUGGAAGAACAACUGAAAAAUGAUGAAGAACUGGCAAGAAAGUUAAGCAUUGAUAUUAAUAAUUUCUGUGAGGGAAGUAUCUUGGUUUCUCCCUUGAAUUCCAGAAAAUCUGAUCCAGUUAGAGCCAAGUCUGAAAAGAAAAGUAAGAACAAACAAAGAAACAUUGGAGAUAUUCAGAAGUAUUUGACACCUAAAUCUCAGUUUGGGUCAGCCUCACACUCUGAAGUUGCACAAGAAGUCAGAGAAAACUCCAUAUCUAAGGACAUCGACAGUAGUGAUAUCAAAAGCUCAACAUGGCAAGACACAGAAAUAGAAGAUAUGCCAACACUUUCUCCACAGAUAUGCCUUGGAAUUGGAGAAAAAGGUGCAGAUUCUUCAGUGGAGUCCCCCAUGCCAUGGUUAUGUGCCUGUGGUGCUGAAUUGUACCACGAAAGAAAAGUCAAAGCAGGACCAAACAAUCAUGAUACAACGUGUGUCUUAACUCCCGAAGGACCUGAAACCAGAGAUUGUGACUCUAAAGAAACUGCAGUUGUGCCUAUUGGCAGAACAGAGAGUGGGUGCACCACAUCAGGGAUUACACAGGCAAACAGAAACAACACAGGUGAGACAGAAAAUGAGGAGUCUUGCCUACUGAUCAGUAAGGAUAUUUCCAAAAGAAAAAACCAAGAAUCUUCCUUUGAAGCAGUCAAGGAUGCAUGCUUUUCUGCAAAAAGAAGGAAGAUGUUCCCCAGCUCUUCCUCAGAUCAAGAGGAAACAGAAACAAACUUUACCCAAAAACUGAUAGAUUUGGAGCAUCUACUGUUAGAGAGACAUAAACAAGAAGAACAGGACAGGUUAUUGGCAUUACAACUUCAGAAGGAAGUGGACAAAGAACAAACGAAGCCAAACCGGCAAAAAGGAUCCCCAGAUGAGUAUCACUUACGUGCUACAUCCUUACCUCCAGACAAAGUGCGAAAUGGACAGAGGAAGAAUUCCAAAGAUAGGAACUUCAAAAGGCAAACUGAUACAGAACACCCAAAACCUGAGAGAGGCUCAAGGGAUGAAAAUAGGCAGCUGUCUGUUAGGAUGCAGCUGAGGCAUUCAGUUAAUGGAAGAAAGACGCCAAAUUCUACUAGAGAUCCUUGUAAUGUAUCCAGAAGUGCUCAUUCCCUGCAGCCAAACAUUUCACAGAAAAGCAUUUAUCAGAUGUUUCACAGAUGUACAAAGUAAUGCAUGCCUUUAAAGGGAGUGCUUUGUAAUCUAGUAAAGCUGGAUUGUGAAGCUCUUUUCUAUUGUAGAAUCUUUAUACAUGUGUCAUUCAUGCUGCUCUCUAGGCACACUCAUUGUCCUUAAUGAAAGGUCUGUGUGGUUGUAAGGACAAUACCUUAUGCCUUGGCCAACUCGAAGAAGUCUUCAAGUGCCAUUCUUUUUCCAAAAAAAUGCAUGUUUUUUGGUCUUUGCUCACCUUUUUGUCAUGACUGGUAAUCAAAUCACGAUUAUACUAUUCUAAGUAAUUAAGGAACCCAUGCAGGGUUUAAAACCCACAUUUUCUUGGCUAUUGUCCCAUGUUUACAGAAUACUCAAAUGUAUUUUCCUGAAGUAAUCUGAUUUCCAUCUCCAAUUUAAUUAAAUUUUCAGCAUUGUAGUGAUUCCUUUGGUGAUUUUUUGUUUUUAAACCAAGUUUUGCUCUGUUGUCCAGGCUGCAGUGCAGUGGUGAAAUCUCAGCUCACUGCAACCUCCGCCUCCCAGGUUCAAGCGAUUCUCCUGCCUCAGCCUCCCGAGUAGCUGGGAUCACAGGUGUGCGCCACCAGCUAAAAUUUUUUGGUAUUUCUAGUAGAGAUGGGAUUCUCUUGCACUCCUGACCUGGGGGGAUCCACCUGCUUUGGCCUCCAAAUGCUGGGAUUACAGGCAUGAGCCACCAUGCCUGGCCACUUUCCUUUCGUUUAAAAUGGAUUCGAAUCAGUGUUAAAUCAGAAAAUCAGGGUUUUCUUUUUUUUUGAGAUGGAGUUUCGCUCUUGUAACCCAGGCUGGAGUGCAAUGGCGCCAUCUCGGCUCACCGCAACCUCCGCCUCCUGGGUUCAGGCAAUUCUCCUGCCUCAACCUCCUGAGUAGCUGGGAUUAUAGGCACGCGCCACCAUGCCCAGCUAAUUUUUUGUGUUUUUAGUCGAGACGGGGUUUCACCAUGUUGACCAGGAUGGUCCCGAUCUGUUGACCUUGUGAUCCACCCGCCUCGACCUCCCAAAGUGCUGGGAUUACAGGCUUGAGCCAUGAAAAUCGGGGUUUUCUAGGAAAUUGAGAAUUUGUUGCCAGAAAGGAAACUAGACUAUGCAAAAGGAGUUAAGAGCUGGGAUGAAGCUGGUUGGGGUGACUGACGGUUUGGGAUCAUUGCAACUGAAAGGGUGGUUAGAAACUGGUCCUGGGCGAAGCAGCAGGUGCAGUUUGGCAGUUUGCUCCCUUGUCCUUCCUUUGUGAAAUGACACAGGAGACAUUUGGGUUUUGUAGCUUUUCACACUAUACUAUCAGGUGUCAAAAUAAAAAUUAGUUACUAAAUUGUGUGAAUUUUUGGAAACCUGUAUUUCUGUUCAUCUGCUAUUGGAGAAAAAAAUGAGAUUAUAGGAGAGUUAUAUCACAGUAUCUUAUGUUAUGGAACCUGAAACAUUAUCAUGUAUUUUCUUAUAUUAUUUUUUUGUUUUGAUGCUGCUCUUAUUUGAGUUUAUGAACAGAGAUAGAAAAUAGGAUGCUUGGGGUUUGCCCUUUCUUACUCCUGAAAGUUAAAUCAGAAGACACUGAUUUCAUUUUGUGAAAUUUAGCUCAGAGACGGUUGAUCUUUUGGUUUCAUUAAUUAGUAACGAACAGGUAGCUUUAACAGCGUUUCUACUGAUACCUAGUCACCUAUUCUUUUAGUGGGAAAAUAGAAUAAAACGUCUAGAGCUAAUUUAGCUUAAAUUUGCCAGUAUUUUUGUAUGUCAUUAAGACUUUUUCCUCCAAGUUUUGUAAUAGAAAUUUUGUUAAUCUUUGCAUACUUGAUGGCAUCUAUGUCAAUUUUGAUUGGUUAAUUAUAAAUUCUGUGCUCAUUUAAAACUUAAUUUGCCUCUUAAGGUGAUUGCUCUCUGAGUAAUGAUUGUAGGCAAAUGAAGUAUAGUUUGCAACUGUACUGUCACGUUGGUAAGUAAAAAUAAACUAACCAAAUGUGUCUAAAACAGACCAAGAUCAGUUUUCUCACCAAAUCAGUAUUUCUCUAAGAGCAGUUUCACUUCAUGUUUUAUAGUGGACAUUCUUGGAACUCCUCAAAUUAAAACUUAUUUAAUCUGUCUGGAAUAGUCUGUGACCAAAAAAGAAUGGAAAAACAAUGGCCUCUGGUGUGGUAUAUUUAGGAUUUAUAUAUUCAGCUACUUGUCUGUGAAGAAGUCUUCCUGACUAAAAUUGGUUUCAAGAUAAACUGAUUUCUUUAUUAGUAUUUCUGCUCUUCUUAUCAUGUAUCCUCUUUUUGUUAGAAACUAAUAAAUGUAUUAGUCAUUGGAAUGUA